AGCUAUAGCCGCGCAUGGUCGCCAAUCUGUCUCGUUUAUGGGUCACAGCAUCAUUUUAGGCAGCCUUCACCGGAGGAUAGCGAACAUUUGGACAAAGCAGUCCCUUACAGGAUUUCAAAUAACAUUUUACCGGGUAUUCUUUCAAAUAAUUAUUCUCUUUUUCAUUAUUUAGGCCAACGUUUCCUUGCCAACUGGAUAUUUUGUCUUUCUUGAAACCCCUAUGGCCAGUCUUUAAAUCAAUGAAAUGAUACGUCUGCUGUGCGGUCCUGCGCGUCAUCGGACACCUGGCUGGUUUUACAGGGCGUGGUGUUCAUGCUAGACACUACAGGAGACACAGAUCAGGUGUUGUACUGGAGAGACACGUGUGCCGGCUCGACGCCACUAACAGCAAUGUGCUGUACAGCAAUCAAGACUGUUUCAUAAGCAGGUGUAAACAAUAGUAGUUAUCCAAAACACAGAUAUAUAAGAGUGUGAACUUGACAAAAAAAAUGACUCACUUGCAAGCGGGCCUGAGCUCGGAGACCACGGAGAAAGCUCGGCUGGAGCUCAACGAGAACCCAGACAGCCUCCACGCAGACAUCCAGCAGGUGCGCGACAUGAUUGUGACACGGCCAGACAUUGGCUUCCUGCGCACGGACGACGACUUCAUCCUGAGGUUUCUGCGGGCACGCAAGUUUAACCAGGCAGAGACCUUCCGGCUCCUGGCCCAGUACUUUCAGUUCCGCCAGCAGAACCUGGACAUGUUCCAGAGCUUCAAGGUGGACGACCCGGGAAUCAAGCGGGCGCUGAUGGACGGCUUCCCAGGAGUCUUAGAAACACCGGAUCAGCACGGCCGGAAGAUACUCAUCCUUUUCGCCUCCAACUGGGAUCAAGGCAGGAACUCUUUCACAGACAUCCUCCGAGCCAUCCUCCUCUCCCUGGAGGUUCUCAUAGAGAACCCAGAACUCCAGAUCAACGGCUUCAUCUUAAUUAUCGACUGGAGUAACUUCUCCUUCAAGCAGGCUUCCAAGCUCACACCCAACAUCCUCAAACAGGCCAUCGAAGGCCUGCAGGACAGCUUCCCUGCUCGCUUCGGUGGGAUCCAUUUUGUAAACCAGCCCUGGUACAUCCACGCCAUGUACACCAUCAUCAAGCCUUUCCUCAAGGACAAGACAAGGAAAAGGAUUUUCCUCCAUGGGAACAAUCUCAACAGUUUACACCAGUUAAUUCUACCCGAUUGUCUGCCGUCCGAGUUCGGUGGCACGCUGCCGCCGUAUGACAUGGGCAUCUGGGCACGGACCCUCUUAGGGCCCAACUACAACGACGAGACGGAGUACACACUCACCUACGACGCCCUCCACGUCAAAGAGAACUAUGGUGGCGGAGACAAGGAACGUGCCGACAAACUUCUGAAAAGGUCCCAGUCGGCCGUGGAGCCGGGUACCCUACGACAAGGAGACAGGGAGAACACGGCACAGCCGCUCCUGGCUCUGGACUGAUCUCUCCUGUCCCUCCACACUGGAUCCAAACCCCUCUCAUUAGGAUUCCAACCCCACUGACUCCAAAACCUAAAUCUGAACUUUGAGAAAGUCAAAAACUGACUCGAAAAGGAGACUCUAAACCCUUGUUCACAUGGAGCUGCUGUACUGAAAACCUCUCAUCUCUUGACUGAGCCAGUGGCAGUUUCAGAUCAGGACCUUCAAAAGCUGUGCCAUCCACUUCCACUGGCAAACCUGUCCGCCAUCAGCCAUCCAAAUCACUGCUGAUAGGAGUAGAAUGAUUAAACGAAUGUCAGUGUUACCAGUACCACUAGGAAGGACCAACUGACCGAGUUAAAUGUCAGUGUCUCGUGAACAAAAUGCCAAACUGUAUCUUACUGUUUUAGGGGAUGUUGUUUCUAUGAAAGUCAAUAUAUUUCAAGAUUGUAUAUUUAUCAGGGCAACUGCACUAUCAGUGUGACCUCCAUCGAACUGCAAUGUAUUUAAGUAAUCUUUAAAAGAAUGUAUAGAAAAAACAUUUUUAGUUGUGUGCUAAUUACGUGUGUGAAUGUUCAGGUUGUCAUUGAAAAUCACACAAAGGAGUAGAAUUUCAAAUGAGAGGAAUCAGCAUUACAAUAUACAAAUUAAGCUACCUAUCUAUUUAAUGAAACUACACAACAUUCUGAUCACGUG